CAACAGCUCGCACUCGUACAAGCUCGAUGUUCCAUUCGAUCGCCAUCUUGUUGAAUAAAAUCAACUCGUGAUAACUUUUGAUUCGAUACGCGUUCAAUCGUUUUAUACAUUAGAAUUUUGCCGGCGAAUUGAUUAUAAAGUGAGAAUCGAUAUUGAAUCACUAUGAAGAAGUGUUCAUCAAUCGCGUGGCGAUUUUUUGAUCGUAUUGAAAAUGAAAAGAAGAGAUGUAUCUCGGUUAUGUGCAAAUUAUGUGAUACUCAGUAUAAGUUUUUCGGUAACACAACAAACUUGAGACAACAUUUGAUAAACAAGCAUCCGCUACAGUGGGAAUUAGCACAAAAUGGAACUUUCGACGAGAGUAAUUUUCGUAUCGACGAUGACGAAUCAAGAUCCUACGACAAAAACGUACGUUACUCAAUAUCAGUUGAUAAUUCAAGAAAUCCAACAGGAGAGCAGAUGCCAAAAAUUGAAAUACAAAGGAUUGACGUAUUAGAAGCAUCGGAUGUGGAGAACGACAAUAGAGACAAUGAAGAGUCAGAGGCCACCUUCAAUCUAGUGAAGCAAUUGCAUGAGAGCUCUGCCCUACGAGGCUCAGACGAGGAGUGGCUAGAAGACGAUCAUUACCAGACAUAUCAACCAAAGCGUAAGAAAGUCGCAUACAGAAAAAUAAAAAGGGAAAUACAGACACCACCGAGGAGAACAAGAGAAACAUAUCGGCCAGUGAAAUAUGAAAAGUCACCGGUGAUCGCAGACAUCACAAGUUACCGAGACGAGUACUCUGUAUUUGGUGAAUAUGUGGCAAAUAAAUUAAGAAAGUUCAAAGUGCCCCGUACUCGAGGUAAUUUGCAACAGUUGAUAACAACAAUACUGUGGCAAGCCGAGUAUGGGACAUAUGAUAGUGCGAACGCUGUGAAAAGAGUACUUAUGUACUCGGUACAAGAUCCAGAACCUGGACAAAGUACAAUCCAUCAAGAUCAAGACCCAAGUAUGGUCCAGCAUGUUCUUGAAACACACGUACAAGCAGAAGAAGUUGUGGAAGAGCAGCAAAACACGCCAAACUAAAUGAACCAAAGUAUCUAAGUGGAGUGAGGUUAAUUAUAUUUAAUUAGCAAUAAUGACAAAUAUAUUACACGCUUAAUGUUCCAUAAAAUAAAUUUAUUGUGGUUUAAUAUUUCA